AUGCUUGUAGGGAACAAAACUGACCUUGGCGACAAAAGGCAAGUAUCAAGUGAAGAAGGACAGCGUAAGGCAAAUGAACUCAACGUCAUGUUCAUUGAAACAUCGGCCAAAGCGGGUUACAACGUCAAACAACUCUUCCGUCGUAUCGCAGGCGCUCUGCCAGGAAUAAUAAAGGAUGACGAUCGCAUUGAUAACAGUAAGUAUUGGUCUAUGAAUGUUCGCUGCCUGCCCUUAAUUCGUUUUGGAUAUCCUACUUUUUAUCAGCAAAGAAAUCAUACUCUGAUUGUUCCUUAA